GUCCUACUUUCUGAUACUACGUGGACUGAGUUUUUCUAGUUGAUCUAGUUGCUUGUAACUUGCUUUACCGCAAGAUGCCCAAGCAAAACGAGUUAAUAGAUAAAGCUGAAGACGCAGCAGAUCAGGUGCUGAGAUAUUCUAAGCAUGUCCUUCCUCAUUUGGCGAGGUUCUGCCUCAUCAGUACUUUUCUGGAAGAUGGUAUAAGAAUGUGGACCCAGUGGAAUGAGCAAAGAGACUAUAUGAAUGUCUCUUGGUCUUGUGGGGCCUUUCUAGCUACAAUGUUUGUGGUAUUUAAUAUGCUGGGUCAGAUUGUUGGCUGUGUAAUGGUGUUGAGCAGACAGAAGGUGCCCAUUGCUUGUGGAAUUCUUUUUGGAAUUAUUGCUCUACAAACUGUAGCAUACAGCAUAAUUUGGGAUCUAAAGUUUUUAUUAAGAAAUCUGGCUCUGGCUGGUGGUGUCUUGCUGCUGCUAGCUGAGAACAAAGCAGAAGGAAAAUCUUUAUUUGCAGGGCUUCCCUCUUUAGGAGAAAACAAUCCCAAGCAGUACAUGCAGCUGAGUGGGAGAAUUUUAUUGGUGCUCAUGUUUCUAACUCUUUUACGAUUUGAGAUAUCUGUGAUGCAGAUCAUCCAAAAUUUGAUAGGUACAACCCUCAUUAUCUGUAUUGCUAUUGGAUUCAAGACAAAACUCUCUGCACUGGUUUUGGUGCUGUGGUUGACAGGACUUAAUUUUUACUUCAAUGCCUGGUGGAACAUUCCUGACUACAGACCCAUGAGGGACUUCCUAAAGUAUGACUUCUUCCAGACUAUGUCAGUCAUUGGUGGGCUACUUCUUGUGGUAGCUUUUGGCCCAGGGGGCGUUAGUAUGGAUGAACAUAAAAAGAAGUGGUAGGGAUAGGAUUCAUAUUAGGAUCAUUAAUUUUAUACAUUCACCCAUUCAUAACAGGAAUUGAUUCAUAUAUAUUUAUAACUGGACCUUACAUCAAAAUGAAACCAGUUCAAAUUAUUAUCAACAACAAAAAAGCAUGAAAUGUACAAUAGUGUUUCUGUACUUGUCAUUUAAAUUUGUCUAUCUGCUCAGUAACUGCAUUGGGUUGGUUCUAAAAUGACUUAAUGUUUCAACUCUAGAUAGAGUGUUGAAGUUUUACUACCAGCUGUGUGAGUGAUGUAGUCAUCUUAACAAGUUUUUAAUUUAUUUUUGUUCUUGGUGCUUUAAAAGAUUAAUGUCAUUAGUACAUACAAUCAUCAUUGAUGCUGGACUGUGAAAAUAUAUUUCCUUUAAUUUGUAAGCAGUAUUUUAAAAAGUUUGAAUUUACAUGCCAGGGUUUAGUAAUAAGCACCUAUAAUCAAGGUUUUUAUAAGUAUAUUCUUUCACCAUCUUUUCUCCAGUUGAUAAAAUAAUGGUUGUUUUUGGAACUUUGUUAAAUAGAAAUUCAAAUAAAUAGUUUCAUUGUACAAAACAAAAAUACAAUUAUAUUUUCAGUUUAGUCUUUCCUAAAUAUAAUGGUGAAGGGAUUGUUGGUGCUUAUAUUUACUUUGUACAUAAAUCAGUUUCAGAGGUCUGAACAGUUAUCAGAAACCAACAAAUAUUGGACUUUUUUUUUUUUGCCAAUAUACAUUUCUGUUAAAGUCUUCUUAAUAAAUACAUUUUUUUCUUUAAAACUGUAUAUUGUCAAGUUAAAAUCUGGUAUUACUCGAUGUGUCAUGUUUUUUUUUUUUUUUUUUUGUGUCAGUGGAUUUUCUUUCUUGAAAGCAUUAGGUUUUUUUUUUUUCUGUCAUUGAAACUUUCAUAUAUAGUUUUAAAAAACUUUUCAAAUAUUUUGCCUUUUGAUAAAUUAGCUGUCCCAUUAUUUACUUUGAUUCUACAAAGAAAUAUGGUUGUAAAGAAUAUCCAGGUUUAUUAAGCAGUCAACUUCAUUGUACAUUAAUCUCAGACAUUAUGUUUUAAGGUCACGCAAUAAAAAGAAACUAAUGAAAAAAUGAGUUUUAAAGUAUGCAAUUGUCAAGACUGAACUGCUUAAUGAGCCCAUGCCAUGACACUGUUUACCUUAUGUUAAAAUGAACUUAAACUAUUAGAUAUUCUAUUCUCUCCCUGAUGAUUAGACAUUGUACUAAGCAUGUAUUUAUAAAAUAUACAUUAAUGACUAUGGUUGAGUCUACUAGCGAUUGCUGAUGUUUUCUACACUCAGUGCAAAUGUAAAUAAUUGUAGUUUUAUCAUAUACAAUCUGCUGCUAAUUUAAUGUGUUUUGUUUUUUUUAAGCUUUAAUAUUUCUUUCAAAUGAUGGCAUUUGACUAGUGUUACAACAAAGUCCAGAGAUAAAAUGUUUCAAGAUAAUUGGUCUAGUUCAUUGAUUCACUCAGAUUACAUUUUUUUUUGUUGUAACAAAUGAAUUUGUUUGUUUUGCAACAUAAAUAGCCAUUGUAAUGCUUUGCUAAGUUAAGAGUUAGAAUUAAUAUUAAUGAAUCAUUUCUUUUGUUGCAAUAUAUUCCUUUAUGUAUGAAAGAUGUUUGCUACAGAAGCUUUCCUGUGUUUUUAAGCUGCUGUUUUUUUUUUUUUUUAUCAACUUGUGGUACCGAUAUUAAUUUGUUGUUACAAACUAGAUUCUGUUUUCCUCUUUCAUAUUUAUCUCCCCUUUCUGUUUUUGUUCAUUGAAGUUGCAUGCCUACAAACAUUUGUUUCUCUCUCUGCACUAAAGAUGGUACCAACAUUUUAAAAUCUAUUUUAAUCUUUUAGUUGACUGUUAACUUUGUCUUGUAAUUUUUUUUUCUUCUUCUCAUCCACUGAAUUUGGAAUGUGUUGGAUGAAUGGAUAGUGCUUGGCUACUGAAUCAAGAGGUUUGAAAAUCCUGAUGGAUUUUAAAAAAUAAAAAUAAGGAACAUUAAGAUAUCCCUGUGUCUACCAAGAUAUAUGAAGAUAUAUGUAUAUAGGCCUGAAUUUUUAAUGUGGAGUCUAGGUCUUAAUUAUUGCAUUCAGAAUGGGUGUCCACUAAAAUGUGUUUGUUUUUUUAAAAACAUUCUAGUGAUUUGUUAAUAUAUGUAGGUCAGGUGAAAUUAAUGAAGUCAUCUUUGAGUAUAUAUACAUUUAAUUAUAUAUACAUCUAUCUAAAUUAAUGUCAUGUUUAUUGAAUUGUCAUUAUAAAUAUAGAUUAUUUCUGAAAAGUCAAGUUUAUAGUUUGUUAUUAUAAGAGGAAAAAGAUUUCUUGUUUAUGUAACAAGUCAAAGACAACGUGACAUUUGACUCCUGUGUGCGUUAGCACAUGGAAUAUAUCUCUUUCAACUUGAUCAUUCAUAUGUCAAUAAGUACACAUCGCUAAAUGGGUAACCAAUCAAUUAUGUAUGUCACAAAAAAAUUAAAAUCUCAUGAGUCAUUACUUUGUCUCCCUCCCUCCUAGUGUGUAUUUGCAUGGUUAGAUGAACAGACCAAUGAAACAAAUGUUUUAAUAACAUAAGAUAGGUUUAUAAUAGAUAUUCAUUUUAUCUUACAUGUUGUUAAAAUAUUGGUUGGAUCUGUUCUUUGUGACAAUGAUCACACAAUUAAAAGAAAGAAAAUGAAACUCUGAUUUUGUUUUUUAGCAGCUGAGAUGAUAAUGAGAUUUAUAGUACCGGUAUUUUAAAAAAAAUGAAUAUAAUUUGAACAAGUUAAAUACAGUAAUAUAAUUUAUUUUUACCAGCAUGGCCAAUCUUGGAUUCUAUUGCCUUGGACUGGUAGCAUGGAGAUGACAGUAAUUUUUACUAAUCAAUACUAAUCAUUCAAGAAAUAUUGUGCUAGACAAGCUGAUUCCAAGAAGCCCAUAAAAGUGAACUAUAUUUGUUAUCCUGUUAGGCAAUCUUAUUUGUUCACUCAAUGAUAUCUUUACCAGGGUUAACAGUGAGGUGAUGUUAGCAGUAUGGCCUGCAGUGUUCCAUUGAUGGCUGUUUUGUCCUGGUGAAAUGGUAUCGGUAUCAUAGGCAGGUUACAUGCUGCUAAUAAAGGUUAUUUAAAUUGUGCAACUCCUUCCUUUAUUUUUGUCUUUUUUUUUUAUUCAAUGGGCUUUGGCAUAAAUUAUGUCUUUGAAGAUCUACAUGGUUGACAUGAAAGAUUGUUUUGUAGACUAAUGUUUCAGUACGCAAUCCUAGAAUGCUUUUGUUCUUCAUAGCGGUUCUUUGACUUCACAGGGUGAAAAGGAUAAUUCUAGUUUCAAGCCAGUAUAAAAUAGUAUAAAUACUAGACCAGGGGUGGGCAACCUUUUUCUAUCGAGGGCAGCAUGUAAUAAAAUGGGGAGCUGCAUGUAUGCAUAUAAAAUAUGUACUUGCAAGUUACAGAAAUAACCUAGCUGACUGUGUGUAAUGUCUGUUAUUUCACAUUUUUAUUGAAUAAUACAUUUACUUUUCAUUUUUUACACUCCGAAUUAAGGAAUUACAACAAAAGCUAGCAAUUUUUUAAUCUAAUUUUAUGAAUAUUUCUUUUAAUUCCCUUAUUGUCCCAUUUCAUCACUAAUGAACAGUUGCACUUUAUGUGAAAUAUUUAAAACUGUUUACAUUUUUGCAUAUUGUUCGGAACCAUGGAACUAGCUUACUGCAUAUGAAGAUGUUAUCUUUGUGAUUACUGUCCAAUUAUAGUCAGUCAGCAUCAUC